AUUCUUUCCAGAUCCAUAAGCAGAUGGCUGGUCGCAAAUAAUAUUGCGGAGUUGUGGAGACAGAAUCCGUUGACCUUAUCAACACGACUAACCGCGGUAGGAAAGCAAUGGAUGCCCCAGGCUACACAUGGUGACCGCCCCCAGUCGAAUCUCCCGUCUCCGCCCUCGUCAUCGCCCCAUCGAUCUACUCUCUCAGCCACUGCCACGACACUUCCCUCUCACCAACCUCUCUUCCCCUCUCUAUCUCCAUUUCUUUCGCGCGCUCUCUCUCUCUCUCUAUUUCUUCUAUUCUUCUUGCUCUUUUUUCUUUCACGGGUUGUCUGUGAUCUUUCCUUUCUUCCGCGGCUAGAACUCCUUAAAACUCCCGACAUCCCCCAGUCAAGCUCUCAGCUCCGCUGCCAGAUAGAGAAUCCACCCAUGACGGAUCUUCG